UACCUAAAACAUUUGGGCUAUGAAGUUACAUAUGUACGCAACUUCACUGAUGUUGAUGACAAGAUAACUAAACGAGCUAAGGAAGUAGGGGAGGAACCAUUGGAUCUGAUUAAACGCUUCUGCGAUGAGUAUCUUAGGGACAUGAGCGAUCUUAACGUCCUUGUUCCUACAGAACAACCCCGUGUUUCUGAAAACAUAGUUGAAAUUAAAAAUAUGAUAGCUGAGAUUUUACAAAAUGAUUAUGCCUAUGCUGCUGAUGGAGAUGUCUACUUUUCAGUUGACAAAUUUCCUGCUUAUGGUCGGCUAUCAGGGCAAAAAUUAGAAGACAAUCUAGCUGGUGGAGGUGGAAGAACUCAAGACAGUUUAACUUCAAGAAAACAAAAUGAAAAUGACUUUGCAUUAUGGAAGGCUGCAAAGCCGGGAGAGAUUAGCUGGGAAAGUCCUUGGGGACCUGGAAGACCUGGGUGGCACAUAGAGUGCAGUGCCAUGAGUGACCGUUAUCUGACUUCGUCCUUUGAUAUUCAUGGUGGAGGACUGGAUCUGAUAUUCCCACAUCACGAGAAUGAACUUGCUCAGAGUUGUGCUGCGCGACCUAACACUUGUGAGAUUAUAUAUUGGAUGCAUAAUGGCUUUGUCAAUGUGAACAAGGAGAAAAUGUCCAAGUCCCUUGGAAACUUUUUUACUAUUCGUGAGGUCACCACAUCGUAUCAUCCAUUGGCAUUGAGAUAUUUUAUGAUGAGUACGCACUAUCGGUCGCCUGUCAAUUACUCACUAAAUCAGCUAGAAAUUGCGUCUGAUACUGUUUUCUACUUGUAUCAGCUCGAGGCCCAGGAGUGCAUCAAUAAAUUGAAGAAUGAUUUCUACGCUAAAAUGUCAGAUGAUCUCCACACUCAAGAUUUCCUGAAGGGUGCUCUUCAGGAAAUUUUGAAGCUCAUGAACAGUUCAUUGAACAAGCUCAAGAAGGCAAAGCAACAACAGCAAUCGUUGUUCCUGUCCCUUGCUGGAAUGGAGAAAGAAGUGAAGAUGGUUCUAGAUACCCUUGGACUAAUGUCAUCUUUAUCCUAUUCAGAGAGGUUCUGGAACAAUUGAAAGCUAAGGCUUUGACGAGAGCAAAUUUGACCGAGGAAGAUGUGUUGCAACAAAUAGAACUUAGGACCCAGGCAAGGAGAAACAGUGAAUUUGCGGAAAGUGACCAAAUUAGGGAAGACUUGAAAGCUAAGGGCAUUGCUCUUAUUGGAUUUGGGCAAUGAAACUAUAUGGAGACCUUGUGCCCGAAAUUUAGAAACUGUUGCAGCUUCUACCAGUGGCGGAACCUGGAUUUCAUUUUGGAGGCGCCUAAAAAAGUUUUUUACACGCGUAAGGAAAUGGAUGUCCAAAAUAACUUCUAAUUUCAGAUAACUCUAAAACUUACAUGUAAAUGUUAAGCAAGAAAUUUUGACUCUUCGUCAGUAUGUUAAGCCAGCAAAUUCUUUCCUACAUUGUGUAAUUACUUAUAGAGAAUCAUUUUUACCUAGCUAAAUAUGUCCAACAAUGUUGUGGAUGGUUUGAAUU